ACCUCCACCGUCCAGUAAGCAUUCGCCUUCCGCACAUAGUUUGAUUCAGAGCGCUGAGGGGUAAAGAGACUAGCUUCUUUCUGAAAAGAGAUUAUCGUUUUGUUUUUUGUUGUAAUAUUACGAGCUAGACCAGGUACUCGCACUGUAAAUAUGAAUAGGAAUAUGUUGACGAUGAACCGCACUACGACGAGUAUAGUUAGCUCGUUAACCCCUUAUUGUCAAAAUGGAGGCUUGGAGAAUGGCAGUUGGAACGGCAAGGAAGGCUGGACCGUAAAGCUUGCGGACGAACUGGACAACUAUUCGGAUGAAGUAGAUAACGUUAGUCGCCAGCCGGCUUCUAAAAAUGUAAACAAGAGUAAGCUAACGUUGAAAAACUGGCCUUCGGUGAGUUCUAACGAGGACGGGUCCCUGCCUUCUUCCCCAGACUCGCCGUCGGAGUGCAUGACAUUGGCAGAGUACAAGGGGGGACUGGGACGCGACACACAGGAACUACUGGGACAUUUCUUUCGGAUUUACACCGGACUGAGUCCUCCCGGGCGAAGCAGGAGCAAGGCUUUGUCGACACUCAAGCGAGUGGUCAGCGAUGUCAUUACAAAGCAUCAGAUCGCAUACAAUGGAAUGAUCCAGAGGCUGUGUCUGGACGAGCGGGAUGACGACAUGUCGUUCGUGGCCACGGUGGCGGAGAACCUGUUCAGCGACGGCAGCACAAACUGGGGCCGCAUCGUCAGCUUGGUGGCGUUCGGGGCCACGGUGUGCCAGCACCUGAAGGAGGCGGGUCGGGAGGGCUGCGUGGACCAGGUGGGGGUGCAGAUCUCCAGCUACCUCCUCAAUCACAAGAAAGACUGGCUGCUGAGCAACAAUGGAUGGGACGGGUUCGUGGAGGUCUUUCACGUGGAGGACCCGGAGUCCGUGGUGAGGAACGCCCUCAUGGCGUUCGCGGGCGUGGCCGGGCUGGGGGCCGGGCUGGCCUACCUGAUCAGGUGAAAGGCCGUGGGACAAGCGUGAUGCCUGUCAGCACAUGAUGUCCGCGUCUGCCCGUUUAAGGGCCCGAGCUCGGUCUCUGGAGCCCCCCCCCCCGCGCGCGGGCGGGUUUGGGGGGGGGGGGGUGUCGGGAAAGCUGAUGCGGGCCACCCGCCGGUCGCCUGACCAAUCCACGCCGGCUGUGGUUGCGCCGCGUAGAAAAGCGAGAACACCAACGUCCACGUGCGUCCACGCUGACGUCCGAGAACGCUGUGAAGCCAACGCCGCGCCCCCACCCCCCCCCCCCACACUCCUCCUCCUCCUCCUCUUCCUCCCAGCUGGAAUUCUGGCACCGGACAUUUGGAAGUUUCAACUUGAAAAGUGGUUGCUUGUCUUUGAUUUAAUGGCGUGUGUGCGUAAAUAUAUAUUUUUUUAUUGAAGUUAUUUUUGACAGAACGUGUGUGACGUGCUCCAUAGCACAUUAGAGGUGCCUCAUGACUUAACAACCACUUUUUUUGUUUUUAUUUUUUAAUUUUUUCUCUCCAGUCAUUUUGUAAAUACCUGCAAAAUCUUUUUUUUAUAUUUUUUUGCAUUUUACUUGCCUCUGUUGUUCCGACCGGCUGGUGGAAACGAUGCCUAGAAUAAAAACAUAGCAUCAAACCUG